UUUACUGCACUUUUCCUGCUUCUGUCUCAUUUUCUAGUCAUUGGAAUCUCCCUAGUUUGCCCUUCCUUUCCUCCUAGCAACCAAGAUGCAUCUUUCCUGUGGUGGGUUUGUCUGCGAUCAGGUCAACCAAAAGAUGGGAUUCACCACCUACUUCAGUCUUUGCCUUCUUGGAAUCUUGAUCUCCAGUUCUUUCCAACGAGCUGAGGCAGACACCUGUGCCAGGGAGUGGCUGCAAAACCAGGGGAACUGCUAUGCAUAUUUCGAUAAUAAAUUGUCAUGGCAAGAGGCUGAGAUUGAGUGCCAGAGCUACGGCCGUGGGGCCCACCUUGCCUCUGUCCUCACUAAGGCAGAGACCCUCUUAGUGGCCGAGCACAUCUCCACUUACCAGCAAGAGAUUAGUGAUGUCUGGAUCGGGCUCCAUGAUGUCCGGCAGACCAGGAGAUGGAGGUGGGCUGACGAAUCAACCUACAACUACAAGGCCUGGAUGACCCACCAGCCAGACAACUUCCGCAACUCUGAGCACUGCGUGGAGCUGAGACGUUCCACAGGUUUUAAGGAGUGGAAUGAUGCUCAGUGCAAGAAACUCAACACCUACAUCUGCAAACAUGAACUCUAAAGAAGACUGUAGUUCCCAAUUGUGCCUGCUGCGAUGCUGGAUUUCUCUCUGAACUCAUUCCCUCCUCUCCCAUCCCUCACUGUGAAAGACCAGCUCUCGUUUAUCACUUUUUGAAAAUGCCAUCUCUGAAGAGCUUCCUCUGGUCUCCCUCUUCUCUUUGAAUUUCUCUUGUGGCUGUCGCACAUUGUGAUAUUAAUAAACUACCUCUUGCACAUAUA